AUGUCGCGCAUUCAGAUCCCCCUCGAGGCCAUCACCUCCCGCAUCAAUUUUGGCGAUCGGUUCUCCGGCCUUGGUUCGGGUCCUCUCACCAGCCGGUUUAACAAUCUGCGCCCUGUUGGCGAGUUCCUCGACUUCAAGCGCCUGACCAAGCCCGCCAACUUCUCCGAGGCCCAGUCGCGUGUCAACUACAACCUGAGCCACUUCUCGAGCAACUAUGCCGUCGUCUUUGCGAUGCUGAGCAUCUAUGCUCUUAUCUCCAACCCUCUGCUGCUCUUUGUCAUCAUCCUGAGCGUCGCUGGCAUGUACCUGAUCGGCAUGCUCGACGGUCGCGAUCUCAUCAUUGGCAGCUUCAAGGCUACCUCUUCCCAGCUCUACACGGGUCUGCUGAUUGUCACCGUCCCUCUCGGUCUGAUCGCAUCGCCCAUCUCAACAGUGCUUUGGCUCAUUGGUGCCUCUGGCGUGACCAUUCUCGGUGAUGACGAUGAUACGGAAAGCGAGGAAGAUGAUGAAGACGACUACGAUCUGGCUCUGCUGACUCCCGAACAAAAGGAGGAGGCUCUGGUGCAGACGGCCAUGGCACGAAUCGAGAGAGCUCAGGCCCGGGGCAGAUCGGAUGUAAGCUUGACAAAGGACGAGCUGGCUGCUUUGAAGCGACGGAAGCAGAGGAUGGAGGAAGAAGCCAACAAAAGGGAGCGCAAGAAGAGCAGAAAACAGCAACGUGUGGCCAUUCCUCUGACUAACCUAGAGCCGGUGUCGCGCAAGAAGAAGUCGCCGCCAGCUGUUUUGGAGGGAUCACCGCACGAUAUGCUAGAGGCCUCGGAUAGACAGGGAUACCCACCUGUUGGGUACUUUCCACCGCCUUCCGGGCGCUCACGGCCAAGGUCGGGAACAACGCUCUCAUCACGACCUCCUAGUCGAGCGCACGAUGAUCGACCGGACUCGCCUUUCCAGUACGAAUACGUCCAGCGACCAUCCUCCUCAGCCGGACGGCACGUGUCGGACGUGAUGCCUCGACCACUUUCCUCGCGGGGUCAUCAGUUCGACGAUGGAUCAUCUACAUCUCUCAAUUCUGCAAGUCGCAAUCAGCUUGACCCUUUCAUGUUCCAAACUGCAGGACCGCGUGCGCCCUACCCUGGUGGCGCUGCGGUUGGUUCGAGGAGGCAUGUUUCGGGGCCAGCGGAUGGGCUGUACAUGUCACGCCGCGAAGAGGGAAGGUCCAGUCGCAAUAGCCGUAGGUCGGGUUAUGGCGAGAGCAGCGAGGAGAGUGAGCCUAGCGAGAGCGCCAGCGACGAGCUCAACAACGGAGCGCGUAUUCGGGAGCCAGCGCGAGGGGGUAGAUCGGAGAUCGUGGUGCAGCCCGACCCGGAGCCAGAAGUGGCGCCCAAGAAGAAGUCGUCUGAGUCGUCCAAACGCAAGCCUGUGCCGAGUUCAAGUUCAGGAAGAGGGGGAAGGAGGAAAAAGAAGUAA